AUAUAAGGUGAUCAAAUCAAUCUUUUAUCUUGGAAGGGGGAGGGGGAGCUUUGGAGAAGAAAAAGAAAGAAAGAAAAAAGGCAUGGAGGUGUUGUAUGUCUCUCUCCUUUGCCUCUUUAUUGUUCUUGUGUUUUUGUCACUACACAUGCUCAUCUUGUACAAGGAAGAAAAAUAUGCAGUUUCGGGGUCGGGGUCGGGGUCGGAGUCGGAGGAAGGCAGACGAAAAAGAAAGCGGCAGCUUCUGCCUCCUGGGAAGACGGGAUGGCCAGUGGUCGGGGAGAGUUUCCAGUACCUGGCUGCAGGGUGGAAGGGCCAGCCAGAAAAGUUCGUAUUUGACAGGAUAGCCAAGUACGCCUCCUACAUCUACAAGACUAAUCUUAUGAGGGAGCCAACGGUUGUGUUCUGCGGAGCACCAGCCCACAAGUUCCUGUUCCAGAACGAGAACAAGUUGGUUCAGUCAUGGUGGCCUAGCUCAGUCGACAAGAUCUUCCCAUCUUCCAACCAAACAUCCUCCAAAGAGGAGGCCAUCAAGAUGAGGAAAAUGCUGCCAAACUUCUUCAAACCGGAGGCGUUGCAGCGAUACAUCGGGAUCAUGGACACCAUCGCCCAGAGACACUUUGCUGCGGACUGGGAGAACAAGGACAUGAUCGUCGUCUUCCCGCUCUCCAAGCGCUACACCUUUUGGCUAGCUUGUCGUCUCUUUCUUAGCAUUGAAGAUCCAAAGGAUGUUGAUAAAUUCUUGGAACGCUUCAACCUCUUGGCAGAGGGUUUGUUGUCCAUCCCCGUGCAGUUACCGGGGACUCCCUUUUACAAAUCGGUAAAGGCCUCCGAGUACAUUAGGACAGAGUACCUACUGAGGAUCAUCAAGCAACGAAAGAUUGACUUGGCCGAGGGAAAGGCUUCCCCGACUCAGGAUAUAUUGUCUUACAUGCUACUCACCCCCGAUGAGGAUGGCAAGUUCAUGAAGGAGACUGAUAUUGCUGAUAAGAUUUUGGGUUUGUUGAUUGGUGGCCAUGACACUGCAAGCUCUGCAUGUGCUUUCAUUGUCAAGUAUCUUGCCGAGUUGCCUCACAUCUAUCAAGGAGUUUACAAGGAGCAAAUGGACAUUGCCAAAUCGAAAACUCCAGGUGAAUUGUUGAAUUGGGAUGACAUUCAGAAGAUGAAAUUUUCAUGGAAUGUAGCUUGUGAAGUGUUGAGACUUGCGCCACCCCUCCAAGGUGCUUUCAGAGACGUCUUAACCGAUUUCAUGUACGAAGGCUUCUAUAUUCCAAAGGGUUGGAAGAUAUAUUGGAGUGCGCACUCGACACAUAAAAAUCCAGAAUAUUUUUCGGAACCUUAUAAAUUUGAUCCAUCAAGAUUUGAGGGAAGAGGACCAGUGCCUUACACAUUUGUUCCAUUUGGAGGAGGGCCGAGGAUGUGCCCUGGAAAAGAGUAUGCCCGUUUGGAAAUAUUAGUAUUCAUGCACAACCUAGUGAAGAGGUUCAGAUGGGAAAAAUUGAUUCCUGAUGAGAAGAUUAUUGUCAAUCCCAUGCCUGUCCCAGAGAAGGGUCUUCCUAUUCGACUGUUUCCUUAUUAAUUAGUUAAUGAAAAGCUUGAUUACAUUGGCUCCACUCUGCUCCACCCCACUCCACUAGAUUCUCUGUCUUACUUCAUUCUAUCACAAACAUUUCUCUAGCUAUACCUAAGUUGAGCCAUGCUUGUCCCCGAACUUUCUUUUUUCUUUUUUCUUUUUUUUUUCUUUUUUUUUUUUCCUGUCCUUAAUUUGUUCACCUUCUAUAAUUUUGUUAUUAAAGUGUGUUACUUCACUGUGUCCCUGAACUUUCUUUUUUUCUUUUUAUAUAAUUUUCUCACUUAACCCUGUAA